AUUAAUUAUAGGUUAUCAAUCUUGAUUUGAUUAAACAACAAUGUAUCACAAAUAAAAACUUAUAUAAUAGAUUUGAUUAUGAUAUUCCAGUAAUGGAAAGCAAUAUAAAUAGGCGCGAAAAAAAUGUGAUUACUUUGAAUUUCAAUUUGAACAGAAGAUUAAAUUACUUAUAAGUGAAGUCAUGAAACGUCUAUUUAUUCAAUUUCUAUUGACUAUUUUAUCAACCAACGUGGCAUUUGGGCAGAAUCCAAUAAUAACAUUUGAAAAAGUAACAACUGAAGUUGCAGCAAAUAAUCCAUUCUUUGGUGAUUUUUCCGCUGAAAUACAUGAUCCUGGAGACACAGCAUCCGUUAAAGUUCCAGUAAAAAAAGAUCUACCUGAUACCAUGAGGAUGAAAGGAAUUUUUGAAUUUGAUGGAGCUAGUAUUGCAGAAUUUGAUAUAACUCUUUGCGAAGCAUUUGAAAAUGAAGAAUUUGCAAAAGAUCUUUUGAGCCAUGGGAUACCGAAAGACAAAUUCCCUAAAAAAUGUCCAGCCAUGACGGGCAUGGAUUAUGAAUUACACAAAUACAAGUUUCAACCAGAAAAAUUACCACCAAAUACACCUGAUGGUAAAUUUUCUGGUGUUAUUUCUGUGUAUGAAUCUGACAAAGAUCCUUAUGCGUCAGUAAGUUUCGAAGGGACAAUCAGUCAUAAACUACCUCAAGCACCCGGAUUCGGUCGUUAAUUAUUGAUAAAUUUCGUUCUUCAUUUUUUGGCGAUGACCAUAUGGCGAUAACCAGAUGCAUUUUUAGUAGUGUUUUUAGUA